UCCGGUGUUAUAGCUGGGAGCCGGUGACCGGGCCACGUGAGAUCUGUCAAUAACUGUAUUUCGAGACAUGUUUUACCUGAUAGGCCUAGGUUUAGGGGAUGCUUCAGAUAUCACCGUAAAAGGUCUAGAAAUUGUGAAGAAAUGUAAGAGGGUUUAUCUUGAAGCGUAUACGUCUAUCCUCACCGUUGGAAAAGAUGUUUUGGAAGAAUAUUAUGGAAGAGAAGUUAUUCUAGCAGACAGGGAGAUGGUAGAAUCCAUGUCAGAUGAGUUACUGAAUGAAUCAGAGAGAGAAGACAUAGCGUUUCUGGUUGUCGGUGAUCCUUUAGGAGCAACAACUCACACAGACCUGAUUUUAAGAGCAAGAGAAAAGGGAAUACAGUUCCGAGUUGUACACAAUGCAUCUAUAAUGAAUGCCAUAGGGUGCUGUGGAUUACAGUUAUACAACUAUGGAGAGACUGUUUCUAUAGUAUUCUGGACAGACACGUGGAAGCCGGAAAGUUUCUUUGAUAAAAUACAGAAAAACAGAGAUGCAGGAAUGCAUACAUUAUGUUUACUUGAUAUUAAGGUGAAAGAGCAAAGCAUUGAAAACAUGAUGAGAGGUAGAAAGGUGUUUGAACCUCCCAGGUACAUGAGUGUGAACCAGGCUGCAGAGCAGAUCCUGGAAGUUGUACAGAACAAGCAGACAUCUGGGGAUACACCUUCAGGUGAAACAGUAAUAACUGAGGACACACUUUGUGUUGGUUUAUCGAGGGUAGGAGCAGAAUCUCAGCAGAUCGUGACUACGACUCUACAGGAAAUGUCCUCUGUUGAUAUUGGUGGACCCCUCCAUUCAUUGGUUAUUCCAGGUCACAUGCACCCUUUGGAAAUUGACAUGCUUUCAUUGUAUGCAUCAAAUACAAGAGUGAAAGAAAUGUUGCAAUCAUUGCAACCAACAAAAUAAAUCUAUUUAUAUACA